CCAAAUUGACAGUCGAGCAUUUGUUGUGUGCAAUUUACUCCACCCUACCUAGCCCUGCUCUUCCUCCCCCCUGCUGAUCAGCCACCGCCGCCCGCCGCCCGCCGCCGAUGCCAUCCCCUCCUUUGCCCAAGCUUGUGUGCCUCCCCCUCCUCGUCGCGCUCGCCCUCGCCGCGACGCUGCUGUACGCCGCCGGGCUCCACGCGACACUCGCGCGCGUCCGCCCCGCGCCGAACCCUGCCACCAUGCGCGACGGGCAGACGACCCUCGCGCUCCGCCUCGCCAAGCAGCUCGCGCCGGCGAGCGGCGACAACACCGCCACCACCAAGGGCAACGUAGCCUUCUCCCCGGUGUCCAUCCACGCGGCGCUGUCCCUCGUGGCCGCGGGGGCGCGCGGCGCCACGCUCCAACAGCUGCUCGCCUUCCUCGGGGCGCCGUCCGCGGCGGCCCUCGCCGACUCCGGACGCCGCGUCGUCCACCGCGUCCUGGCCGAUCGAGCGGCCUCCGGGAGGCCGCGCGUCCUCUUCGGCGGCGGCGUCUGGGCCGACGCCUCGCUCGGCGCGCUCAAGACGGCCUUCCAGGACGUCGCGGUUCAGUCCUACAGGUCCGAGGUCCGCACCGUGAGCUUCGCCGACGAGCCCGAAGAAGUAGCCAACGCAAUCAACGGGUGGGUGAAGAAGGCCACGAACAACCUCAUCGACUCCAUCAUCUCCGCCAAGGACAUCUCCGCCGGCGUCGACCUCGUGCUCGCCAAUGCGGUUUACUUCAAGGCCAAAUGGCAGAUCCCAUUCAGACCGAGUGCCACGAGGCCCGGCUCGUUCCACCGGCUCGACGGCAGCAGUGUCGACGCGCAGUUCAUGUCCCGGACCAUGUACGCCGCGCAGUACGCGUCGUGCUCGGACGGCUUCAAGGUCCUCCAGCUCCCCUACGAGCACCGCCGGCGAGAUUUCGGCAUGCGGCGUGGCCGAGGGGACGGCGACGCGGCUGGCGUGGCUGCGCCUGACGCGGAAGACGACACGCGCUACUCCAUGUACCUCUUCCUCCCGGACGAGCGCCAGGGGAUCGCCGGCAUGGUGGACGCGGUCGCCGCGGGGCCAGACUACCUGUACAAUGUUCUGAAGACGACGGCGGCUAACACUGUCACGGUUACGCUGCCCAAGUUCGCCAUAAGCUUCGAGCGGGACAUCGUCGACGACCUCCGUCUGGUGGGCCUCUCGCUGCCGUUCUCGUCGGAGUCGGCCGACCUGCGGGGCAUCUUCGACAAGGAAUGGCAUCCAUUCAUUGCCAAGCUUCUGCACAAAGCGGUCGUCAAGGUGAACGAAGAAGGGACGGAGGCGGCCGCGGUCACGGUGGUGAUGAUGGAUGGAGCUGGGAGGGAGCCACCGGUCAAGUUCUUCGCCGACCAUCCCUUCAGUUUCUUCAUCGUGGAGGAGCGGUCAGGGGUGAUUGUCUUCGCCGGCCAUGUCCUUGAUCCCACCAUCUGAUAAAGCAUCGAGUUUUGGAGAAUUCAGGCACUGCAUAUUUGCUGACAUUCUACCAUGCAUCUUCUUGUGCUAGCUAGCUGCUUAAUUGUCAGCUUCAUGUACUGUGUGAACUGAAUAUUGACUUAUAGUACUUCCUGCUAUUUCCU